AUCCGAAACUCAACCAGCAACAACUAACGAUAAUGAUUAUACAAAAUCACCAUAUUACAUUGAAAUAGCAAUGUAUCUAUAUCUGGUACUACCACAUGAAUAUUCUCAAAUAAUUCACAAUGAACCCAACAAUAUGUAUCCACCCCAGUGGAUGACAAAGAAACAAAUAGACCAUCAGAAAAUUCUUGAAGAAUACACAACACCAUAUGACAGUGAUGAACAAAAUAAUUCGGCUGAAAAACCGAAUUACCU